UUAUAAGCAUUACGGUAGGGUUCAAAGAAGUUGACGUAGCGGCGCGCGCCCGGCUUGGACAGACCCAGCCAGCUGAGGACGCACCUCCGCUCCAAGGACAGGUCGACCAGACGGUCUCAUCCAGCCGCUGCCGCAUGAGCUACCCCUCGGUUCAGCGGGAAAACGCAGAUUCCGGUCCCUGAAGUCCGCAGAGGCGCUGCUGACGUGCAGGAGUCGUUAUAUUAUUACACCGAUUAGGUAAUAUAAAUAAUGAAUGUACUGCGUCGUAUGUCAAACUGUUACUUUAAACGGGACACCAAACCCACGUCAAAUUUCAGCAUGUCGAGCACCCAAAAGGACACCGGAGCCUCCACAAACUCAACAGAGGCCAAGAAAUCAGACCUGAGACUGAACGAGAAGAAAUGUUCGUGGGCGUCUUAUAUGACAAACUCUCCUACAGUGAUUGUGAUGAUCGGCCUGCCUGCAAGAGGAAAGACCUACAUGUCCAAGAAGCUCACGCGCUAUCUCAACUGGAUAGGAGUCCCAACCAAAGUAUUUAACUUGGGUGUGUACCGCAGAGAAGCAGUCAGAGCCUACAAGUCCUACGACUUCUUCCGCCACGACAACGAGGAAGCCAUGAAAAUAAGAAAGCAGUGUGCUCUAGUAGCUCUGCAGGAUGUGAAGGAGUACCUGAUGGAGGAGGGGGGUCAGAUUGCAGUUUUUGAUGCAACAAACACAACAAGAGAACGACGAGACCUCAUUCAAGCGUUUGUGAAGGAGUAUUCCUUCAAGGUUUUCUUUGUGGAGUCAGUGUGCGAUGACCCAGACGUCAUUGCUGCUAAUAUUCUGGAAGUGAAAGUGUCCAGUCCAGACUACCCAGAGAAACACAGAGAGAGAGUGAUGGAGGACUUCCUGAAACGCAUCGAGUGCUACAAGGUCACUUAUCAACCCUUAGACCCUGAUGACUACGACAUGGACCUCUCGUUCAUCAAAGUUAUUAACGUGGGCCAGCGCUUCCUGGUGAAUCGGGUGCAGGACUACAUCCAGAGCAAAAUAGUCUACUACCUCAUGAACAUCCACGUGCACUCCCACUCCAUCUAUCUGAGUCGACACGGAGAGAGCAACCACAACGUAGAGGGACGUAUCGGAGGGGAUGCUGAACUUUCCCCUCGUGGGAAACAGUUUGCUCGGGCCCUGCAGGAGUUCAUCGGUGAACACAAACUGUCAGACUUGAAGGUGUGGACGAGCCAGCUGAGGAGGACCAUCCAGACGGCGGAAGAGCUCGGUGUGCCUUAUGAGCAGUGGAAAAUCCUCAACGAGAUCGAUGCUGGGGUGUGUGAGGAGAUGACCUAUCAGAUGAUCCAGGAGACAUUUCCAGAAGAAUUUGCUUUGAGAGACCAGGACAAAUACCACUACCGCUACCCAGGAGGGGAGUCUUAUCAAGAUCUGGUCCAGCGUUUGGAGCCGGUUAUCAUGGAGUUGGAAAGGCAGGGUAACGUGUUGGUCAUCUGCCACCAAGCGGUGAUGCGUUGUCUCUUGGCUUACUUCCUGGACAAGGGUGCAGAAGAUCUUCCAUACAUGAAAUGUCCCCUACACACCGUGCUUAAACUCACUCCUGUUGCAUAUGGAUGUAAAGUGGAAAUGUUUUAUCUGAAUGUGGAGGCGGUAAACACUCAUCGAGACCGGCCACUUGGUAAAAUUCCAAGGGACACGGCUCUCAUACAUCGUCGGAAUAGUUACACGCCCUUGUCCAGUCUGGACCAGAUCAAGCGGCCCAGGCUCUACAGCGUUGGCAGCCAGCCGUGGCUACCGCUCGCCCCUACCCCAUCGGCUCUGAUGCCAGAGGGACUACAAAGUCAAACUUGGACAGGAAACGGUUGUCUGAGUUCUUGUGUGAAGGAAUCAACUUUGACGGCCCAGAAGAAACUAGUGGCUGUGUCCGCUUCUGAGUGAAGGUUGGAUCCGUGUCCUCCUGUGCAAGCAGGUUCCUGGGUUUUUCGUGAAUCACUGUGGAAGCACUUCUUUCUUUUGAUUUCUGUAGCUUUGUUUUUUGAUGAUGUUCGGGUUGCAGGACGCAGAGUUCCUGCUGAAGGAGGGAUCACUCGUGCACAACGUAACAGCUUCCUGUUUGUCUCAAGGCGACUCGCUUGUCUUUUCUCUGUAGUCUCUGAACUGGAACCUUAUCCUCAGAGCCAUAAGCACAACUGCAUGUUUACCAAAAAAUGUAAUCAGUCAGCCAGAACAUUGUGUAUUACACAUCUUGUCUUGGUAGAUACUUACUGAGCUUCAAAUAUAUCAACACAGAUAGCUUUUAGUAUUUCACAGAAUGAAUAGGGACAAAUUAUGCGUUUAUCAUUUCACUAUAUAAAACUGAACAUAAAUUAGAUGUUAUAUAAACCUAUUUUAUAAUAAAGAUGUGUGUUUGUAUCACACAAA